AUGGCAAUGGACCUAAUCCCACCGUCCUAUAAAUCAGCAACAGACCGCGAUGCAUGGGCUAUUAUCGCCCACUACAUCCCGUCCAGCGACUUAUGUGCCGCCUCAUUAGUAUCUCAUCGGUGGCAUGAUCUAUUCAUGCCAUUUCUAUGGGGUGAUCCAGCGUCUCAUUUCGGGACAGAGAACGAUGCCGUCUAUGUCGCUCUCACGCGGUUCCGAAGGACCCUGAAAUAUGCAAGAAAAGAGGUGCGCGCUUUGACACAUACUCUUCAUUUGCCACCGGCUCUAUCCGAGAUCUAUGAUGGCCCGCGACCCGAAUGGCUGAGAGAUAUCCUGGAGUCUCUACCAUGUCUCCAAUCGCUGAUGGUCUCGCGUCUCCCGUUCUUCGAUCACAAUUGCAUGAUUGCAUUAAAGAGUCCGCAGAGGUCAAGUCACUAUAAUGUUCGUCUUCUAUUGGCAGAUCAUGAACCAAACACUACUUCUGUGGGCCUGGCGGAGACGCUGCUGAGGUUCCCCUUGUUGACCUAUCUGGAUCUCUCUUACACAACCUCGGCACGAGAUCUGAGCGUACUCUCGGCCUUGUCUCAGUUAGAACAUCUCCAAGUGUUGAAGCUUCGGGGCAUUGGGCUGAAGGAUCCCGACGCGGAGUUCCUGGCCAAUGCCAUUGGCAAACGAGUUCGAUUUCUGGACCUGCGCAAUAACAUGCUCACAGAUAUGGCUGUUCGCUCAUUACUGCAGGCAUCAUUUGCUUUACCAAAUCAGUCCCUACAGCUUCCACAGCACCUUAGACGUACUGGAUACUCUCCAGACCCUGUUGCCCAGACAGCUCUUCGAGGACUUGGUUCAGAUUUCUUGACGUCGCCUCAUCUAGAUGAACAAUACCUGAAAUUCUUAGCGGGUCCAGUUACUAGUCAUCCUUGGGUUGAUUAUAUGCCUUCUGUUGGUAUCACUCACCUCUAUAUCGCAAAUAAUAUGAUCAGUGUGGAGGGGGUGGCAGCUCUAUUGAGUUCUUCUCGGCUUCAUGCUCUUGAUGCUGGUACAGUGAAAACAGCAGAUAUCAUUUACAAGCAUCAGUCAUCUCCAAAGGAUGGGCGAUACCCUGGUGCUGAAAAGCUCGUCCCUAUAUUAGGGAACCUUGCCGGCGAUGAAUUAACCUAUCUGCGAGCAAAUCAUGCAGUCCUCACUGCAGAGCCUCCGUCGAAAGAUGUUGGGAACGUCGCAGACUUGCUGCCGGAGCUGGCAACCUGCACAGGGGCCCUGGAGGCAGAGCUUGAUGCUUCACAAGAAGCACGAAUCUAUGAGCUUCCUACAACCGAGGCACCUAUCUACGAGCUUGCAGACACAUCUGCUACCGGUUACACAAGUACUGUAGCCACGAGUAACCCGAAAGUUCAAAAGCCUCCGAUGCCAUAUGAGGAUGAACCCUUGCCUACGGCCAGACGGGGAUCUGCUUUCGCUCCAGAAGUCCUCCAUACUAUGUCAAAUGGUGGAAGUUCAAUCGACUCCACGACUUUCAGCCCUAUAGCUACUAGGACCCCACAGGGACUGCAAACCGAAGGAAUAUUAUCGUCUAUCUCGACUACGGCGUAUUGCGCGAGUCCUGGUGGAAUAACUACGCUAUCGCCAACUGCCACAUUCUGCAGCUCUCCCACUGGAUCAGACGAUCCUCGCGCACAAAUAAUUCAAGAGCUUCUGGCAAAGCGCCCGCGCAACAAAUCACUCCCACUCCGCAAUGGUAAAGAGAGUCGAUUCCCAUACUUACAUCCAUCACAUAUCUCACACUGCGAGACGCUAGUUCUUACCGACAUCCCCUCACAUAUACCUCCAAACUCUCCAAUACUAUACACCCUCACGCGCUUCAUCACAGCAUGCUCCAACGAAGCACUUCUCGCAACACUACAAGCAGGUUCAGACUAUUCCCUCCCACCAGGCCAAGCCCGCUACCAAGCCGAGCAGCAACGCUCUCGCUCCCUCUUCGGGCUUCGUCACAUUAUCCUUGAGAUCACAGACACCUCACGAGCGAAAUUAACAUCCUGGAAACCCGCCAACCAGCGCAACGGAAAUACAGUUUCCAGUACAGGAGAUCGUGACUCUGAAGCCUUAUGGUCUGCCGCAACAGAUGACUUCAGCUUCUUCGGCGAAGAAGAAUGCGAUGAGGACUCUGCAAAUUCCCGUUCUAGUACUGAGUCUCCUCGGAAUAUCCCACAGCGUAGCAUACCUUCAACAGCACCUGAAGCUCAGCGGAGGCAAUUACUACAAGAUGUAGAUCUUGUUGCGCAACUUGCUGCGUUUCGACGAGGGAAGAAGGCAGAGUAUGAGGCUCUUGUUAGACGUGAGCGAGGACGGAGGAAUACGGCGGGGACUGGGGUCUCAAGUAUAUACUCCGCUUCUUCGGCGCAGAUCUCCAUGGCUCAUUUUGUGGAGGGGUAUUGGAAAGGAGAGGUGAAGAUUGUGAGAAAUCCGACGCCCAAGGGUCGUAGCGGGAUGGUUGAUAUGUAUGGAAAUUAUUUCGAGAAGGGGUACUUGUAUCCAUGA